AUGCAUGCGGAUGUUCGAGCACUGGCUUGUUUGUUUGUUGUCUGGAAGCUCCUGCUUCUCUGUGUAGCCUAUGCUAGCCCCGGACCCGGCUACGAUACCUCUACCACGUUGCUUUUAGCCCGUGCGCAGUCCUCGGUAACUGAAAAUACAUUUCUGGAAGACUUUGCGAAACAACUCGUGACGAACCUUGUUCGCUGGGACGCUUUGUACUUUGUGAGUGUUGCUCGCCGAGGUGUAAUUUUCGAACAGGAAUGGGCCUGGGGGUGGGGCUAUACCAACUUCCUUGGCUUGGUCUCUAAAGUCCUACCGGGUAAAUCUUCGCAACCGCCACUAUUUGUUCAGGCAUAUGCCGGACUGUUGGUGUCUCAUGUCGCACACCUGUUGUCUGUUCUCGUGCUGUACGGUUUGGUUCAUCGUUUGCCCAUCAGGGAUAAGCCCCAGCGUCGUAAGGUUGCCUUCAUUGCAGCAUGUCUUCAUGUCUUUUCUUCCGCUGGAUUGUUCCUUUCCGCGCCCUAUUCUGAGAGUCUCUUCUCGUUGCUGAACUUCUUUGGUGUUUUCAUGCACGCUGGCGUUCCAUAUGAAUUGCCUCUUGAAGACUAUGGGCCAUUCUCGCUGAUUCGUCUGCUGUUGUCUGGUGCUAGCUUCGGAUUGGCUACGACAGUCCGCAGCAACGGUAUUUUCAGCGGGCUUAUCUACUUCUAUCAUGUUUACAUGUUGUUCCAUUCACGGAUCAAUGUUCGCACGAUCGUAACGAUUGCCACCAUUGGCGUAUCAGCCGCAAUGAUCUUGUCAGGUAUGUUACUGCCUCAGUACAUUGCCUACCAAGAUUAUUGUGUAGCACCAUCAGACGACAACCCGAGGCCCUGGUGUUCUCGAAGCUUGCCUAGUGUCUACUCCUGGGUACAAGAACAUUAUUGGAAUGUGGGCUUUCUCCGCUACUGGACUGUCUCUAACAUACCGCUGUUCUUGCUCGCAUUGCCUAUGCUGUGCGUUCUCGUUGGCACUGGAAUCGUUGCCCCUACCUUGAAAAUGGGGCCUCCCGGAUCACCUAAACCCGAAAACUCCAGACACAAGUCAGUCUACAUUUUGUGCCUGGCUCUUCCACAGAUCUUGCUGGCUUUCUUAGCUUUCACGACAUUCCAUGUCCAGAUUGUCAAUCGCAUUGCUACUGGCUAUCCGAUCUGGUACAUCGUGCUUGCAGCAGCUUUCGUAUCGCCUGAUAUGUUUGGCAAAGUCACAAAGACACAGUCAACGCAACAACUUGUGGUUCGAGGAAUGCUCAUGUAUUCCAUUAUCCAAGGUGGUUUAUAUGCUAGCUUCAUGCCUCCAGCAUGA